AUCUUGCACAAAAASAACAACUGAAAGAAAGCGUAGCAUUCUGCGUGAAUUUGUGAAAUUGUUUAUUAAAGUAAUCUAUUUUUAAAUAAUACGCUAAUUUUUGUAAAACUGAGUAUAUACCAAGCAUAUAUAUAUUACAUAUAUAUAUAUAUAUAAAUACAUAUAUAUUCACCAACACAAGCGCAACAAUGAAGCGUCAAUAAGCAAAAAAACAAAUCCUUACAAAUAUAGCCGUCCAGUCACCUCGACCACUUCACGCCCCACUGUCGACCCCACCAAGCUGAGCCUAUCCACAACUCCGUUACCGCUCACCAUGUCCACGUACACACCYUUCUCGAAGCGCUCCCAUCAUGAUGACGAGCAUGAUGAGCCGCAACUGUCUUUUGUCUCCUUGAAUCUCGAUCACGAUCUCGAKAGUGGCGAAGAGGAGGCCAAGAACGAUGAGCACGACACUGAGCACGAACAUGAACAUGAACAUGACAGCUUCGAUGCUGAUGAUGAGGAGACUGAGGAUGAGAAGAAGCGCACAUUGCCCGUCUAUGAGGGCAACAAUGAUUUGCAUAACGGCAACAGCAAAGAAUCSGCCGAACAUCAAGUCGAACAAGAUGUACACAACGAUGCACAACAACAACAACAAGAAGCGGGCGAAGAGGAGGACGAUGAUGCCGCCAACGAAGAAAACAACUCGGCUUCGCAUGAGGAUAGCGGUGAUGAUGUCGAUACCAAGCACAAUACAGUUGGUGAAGAUCAAUUGAAGACAUUGCCGGUACCGGCUAUAGCCGCGCCCGCUGAAGUGCCCACUGUUGAGGUGCGUCUCAAGCAGAUCUCACAGGAGAUUGAAAAGAUGGCCGCUGCCAGCAAUGAGAAUCAACGACACAACAUACCGGCGGCUGGUGUAUUACAUCAUGACAAUAACAACAAUGAUGUCGAUCGACAAUCGUUCCUCUCGCUCACCGAUCUCAUACGUACAUUACGUCCGAAUAAUAAGCAAAUCAUACCACAAAUCGAUUCGGAUUAUUCGAAUGCUAUGCGUGUGCUGGGCGAGACCUCAGAGGUGGUUAAUAAUGAGGAUGUGCAUAAGUUCUAAGGCAAGGAUGUGUAAUGAAGAAAAAAAAUGUGGGAUAGAGGGAGAGAGAGAGAGAGAUAAAGAGAACGAAAACAGUAAAAGAAAGCGAGAUAACUUAAAGAUGRAAAAAGAGAUUUUUGCAAAAAAAGGAGAGAAAGUGCAAAAAUACAAGAAAAAGAGACAAAAACAGAAAGUGAAAUAGAGAGAAAAGGCGAAAGAAAGCGUAAAUAGCCGAACUAAAAAGGAAAGAGAGAGAAMUUAGAGAUGCGAGAGCGUGAUUUUGAGCAAAAMAAAUAGGGAGAGAAAGUUAAAAAAUAUAAGAGAAAGARACAAAACGAUGCGAGAAAGACAAAAGGACAAAGCGUUGUGAGAAAGAGACAAAGCGAUGUGAAAGAGAGCAAAGCGCGUAAAAGAGUAUUAAGCGCGGCAACGGAGACAAUAUUACAUGUAAACCACAUAUCMCUAUAUAACGCAUAGAUCUUUACGAUCUCGCAUUUACUGUUAUGCGGUAAAAUUUAAAAUUAAAGAGRGAAAAAAAAUAUUUGAGCGUAACUUGAAAGAGCAUUAUAUAUUAUACCCACCACUAUUGUAAACCUUGACUAAGUAACUGUUGAUCUUAAAUCGCAAAUCCUACAUAUAUUUAGUAUUUUUGCAAACGAGCACGAAUCGUGUUGCAAAAGCCUUAACUAUACGAACUAUGCCUUAAAUUGUAGCCAUAAGCUGCAGUAAAAUAUUUUUUGUAAUGAAAAUUUUAUUAUUUUUUGAUGCCCGAAAAGUAUUAAAACAAAAUUGUACGUUUCGGCUUGACGGCAGGUGAUCACGUGUCUAACGGUUAUGCGUAAAAUUGCAACGRAUACAACGAACGAGUAAAGCGAG